AUGGAUGUGUUAGAAGAUUUACCUUGUGGUCCUCUGGACGUUUACAGAAAACGUUCAACUUUCGAUUGGAAAAAAAUGAGACUUUUCAUGGAGGGCGAAAAACUCAUUAGAUAUAAAAAAAGUAUGGUAGAUACGCUAAAAAGCAAUCCGCUUUUUGAUCUUAACAGCAACCCUGGUUACCAGACCUUUCAAGAAGAACGAAAACAAGCCAUGCUGCGCACGAGGGCUCUUGGAGAGAUUGAUGAAUUUGCCAUCGGUACUUUUAUCUCUAAUUACACGCACCUCGCAGCAAAUAUGGAGGUUUUAUACAGCUGGGACCCCAGUACUGCUCUCAACAUUGGCAUUAAAUUAGCACUUUUCUCUAAUGCUAUCAAAACGCAAGGUACUGCGGAACAUAUGUAUCUUGCUGAAGCAUCUGAUAAUAAUGAGUUAUUAGGUUGUUUUGCACUGACGGAAGUCGGCCAUGGCUCGAACACGAAGUUGAUGCGAACACGCGCGACAUUCGAUAAGGAAACGCAGACUUUUGUAAUCCAUUCACCGGAUUUUGAAGCCGCAAAGUGUUGGGUUGGUUUGUCAGGCCAGCAUGCAACCCAUGCUGCAGUGUAUGCUCAACUCUAUACACCAGAUGGCGUCUGUCAUGGCCUUCAUACGUUCGCAAUUCAGAUUAGGGACUUGACGUCGUUAGUACCUCUUCCAGGCGUGAUAAUAGCUGAUAUGGGACCCAAAGGUGGAAUGAAUGGUGUUGAUAAUGGUGUUAUCAUGUUCAAUCAACACCGCGUACCGAAAUCCGCACUUCUUAACCGUCAUGCUAACGUCUCACAAGAUGGCGUAUACUUGCCGAAGUUGAAAGAUCCCAAAAAAUUGUUCAACUCUUCCCAUCACUCACUGUCAAUGGGAAGAAUCAACAUUACUUGCAUUUGUUCAGCUAUGAUUGCAAAGUGUGUCACCAUUGGUAUUCGGUACGCUGCUGUGCGAAAACAAUUUGGUCCCGAAGAUUGUACUCGAGCUGAGGAUGAACUUCCUAUUCUUGAGUACCAACUACAUCAAUACAGAUUAAUUCCGUACUUGGCACAUGCCUACGUCUGUAAAGUCCUCUCGUAUUUCAUUGUCUCUGAUAAUGUGGAAGCAAUCGUAGAGAUGUAUAUGGGCAAGCCGAAACCGAACGCCGCCGCUCGAGGCGUUGAAAUCCAUGCAAUUUCUUGUGCGUCUAAACCCUUUGUGGCUUGGAUAGCCCGCGAUGCUAUUCAGGAGUGCCGCGAAGCAUGUGGAGGACAUGGAUACUUAAAAGCUUCCGGAUUGACAGAUAUGCGUGAUGAUAACGACGCAACCAUUACGUAUGAAGGUGAAGGUCAUGUUAUUAUCCAACAAACCAGCAACUGGUUAUUGAAAUUAUGGCCGCAAGUGAUGGAACGCAAAGUUAUCGAUGGUCCUUAUGGAUCUGUCAAUUUUCUUAACAAUGCUCAAGAGUUAUUCGCCGAAAAGUGUGACUAUCAUACUAUUGAGGAGUUUCUUCAACCGGAGAAUGUAAUUAAAACAUUUCAAUGGUUGAUAUGCCAUCUUUUGAAAUUGAAUUACGAAAGAUAUCAGCGGAACAAAGCGCAGGGACAAAGUACUCUUGAUGCGAAGAAUAACAAUCAAGCUUUCUUUGGAAAAGAUUUAAGCAUGGCAUACGUACAGCACGUUUUUUUGUUAAAAUUCCACACGUUUAUCCAACCAUGUGAAGAUCCAAACAUGAAAUUGGUGUUGACCCGUUUGGGGGUGCUCUUUGGUCUGUUUCAUCUUGAGAAACAUGUCGGCCAUCUUUAUCAAGGUGGAUAUUUUCAGGGCGACAAGCAGAGAGUUCUUCUUCAGGAAGCCAUCUUGUCUUUAUGUGCGAUGUUAAAGGACGAGGCAGUCACGUUAGUGGACGCUAUCGCUCCUGAUGAUUUUUUGCUGAAUUCAGUGUUGGGUAAAUCAGACGGAUUGGUUUAUCAGCGUCUGCAACGGUCUAUUUUCACUGGGGAGGGUAAUAUGAGCAGAGUAAAAUGGUGGGAUGAGGUAGUGACUAAGAAAAAUUCUAAAUUGUAAACAUCUUGAAAGAUAAUUACAAUAAAUAUUGUAUUAUUCAAG